UGCCAGCGGAAACUGGCAAGAGGUUUUAUAGGAACGCUUAUCUUUGUUCUUGUCGCAUUUUCUCCGCCGCGCUCCUUCUUUUAUCGUCAACAGAAAGCUGAAAAAAGAGGUGGCGUGUGGAAGAAGAUGAGCCAUUCUUCGGGUCUGCGGGUCUUCUGCCUCCUCUGCACCUUCUUCUCCGCGGCGCUGGGCGACACGUACAUGCACAACCCUCGCGGCAGCAACAACAGACUCAACGAGCGAUCGGCCAACAGAAACAACGCAAACAGACUGUUCAACUCUCAGAAUAACAACAGAGGUGGCUACAAUGCAGGGGAUAAAGACACAGGAGCGUUCGGAUCUGAACAGGAAAUCUACUACAUGAAAUACUGGCAGAGUGGGCAGGAGGAAGGUACCUAUCUGACGGUAGAGUGGACCAAUCAGCACGGCUGUGGUGGCAAUGAGGACACCGACCCUCACAAACUCAACUGCAACAUGGUCAUCCAGUACAUGGUCAUGGACUAUGACCCAGAUGAAACGGCAGAGGAGCUGGAUACAAAUAAGUUCACUAGGAUCAGGGAUGGAACUAGUACACAGAGACAGGAUUUUACCCAGCCCUCUGAGAAUACUGCAGAAGAUAACUACCAAAACAGCAGAGAAGGCAAUGUGAAAGUGGAAAGGGGGCUCCAUGAGAGCUACGACUAUUACGCAGACUGCACCAUAAGACAGAGGAAUCAAUAUCUAUUCGCGGCUGACCAGAAUCUGCGUGGGAGCACGGCUAGGUUCACGAGACAGAACCCCAACGGGAACAGAAAUGGCUACGAGUGUCCCGAGGAGAGAGACUACUACCCCUAUUGGCACCCCACCCCCUGGAGGGAUAUUGCAGUCUUGACAGACAACACUACACUCUGCAAUUUCUACAAGAACGAGAGUUUCAACGUCAAGCCACGAGGGAUCUGUCGCGGCCAGAAAUUUGGGGACGAAGCCGGCGGGAGGCCUUACUCCCCUCACAACAACCAGGAGGAUUGUGAGGGGGAUGAAGAUGAAGAAAACCCAGGAGUGUGGUUCACGGAGUAUGCCUACAUCGACAUCUCCUCGGCAGCGAACCAGAGAGCCUGCGAGGCAGAGAUGGCCAGCACUGGUGAUGGUCUGCGGCGGGUCUGGAGCCCACCCAGCUACGACGUGCCCGCGCAGUGCCUCGUCCUCCCGGGCCCUCCGGAGUGCCAGCAGGUCGGGUGGACGAGGGUUAAUCACCUCGGAAACGGCCGCGAGGGAACCCCCCUCAAUUACACCUGGCGUCUUCCUUACUUCCCGAGUGGCAAAAACAAGAUUGCUGUCCUCAGGAUCAGGUACAAUAUCUCCACUGAUGACUACGAUCCGUGGAGAACCAACUCUUCUUACAAUGAAAACCUUCCUGAUCGCACGGUUUUUCGUAUCCGCUCCCCCAUCACGCAGAAACCAUAUGUCCACAUCGGCGCCACACCAAACAAGCGCUCCGUCUCGCCAUCAACACCGCAGUUUGGCCGACCUUCCAGGACCGAAGCCACGUUUCGAACUCCGACCCGCUCGCUCCUGACGAACUCCGAGGCCCGCAGCUGCGAGAUACUCAACCUGAACGUGAGGGGAAAGAGGGGGAACAUUGUUCAGACUUUACCCGCCGUCGAGUACGACUUCUUUCCGAAUCGAUUCACGGUGACUGAGGCCAUGUCUCCAUGUGCAGUGGACAGGAUCUAA